GAGGGAGUUUUAUGGCAGGCAGUCUCUCCGCUGUUCCUGUUUAUUCGGCUGCAGUCACACGCGUGCCCAUAGAACGCUGGUGGUCGUGGGAGUAACCACUGUGUGGGUCCUGCGGCCCUGAAAGAGAAAGAUUUCUUGAAGAAAUCCCAGGCCUUGGACAUGAACCCUAUAACUAAAGUCAAGCUGAUCAAUGAGCUGAACGAGCGUGAGGUCCAGCUUGGGGUGGCGGAUGAGGUGUCCUGGCACUCCCAGUACAAGGACAGCGCCUGGAUCUUCCUGGGAGGACUUCCUUUUGAGCUGACUGAAGGGGACAUCAUCUGUGUAUUCUCACAAUAUGGGGAGAUUGUUCACAUUAAUCUGGUGCGGGACAAGAAGACAGGGAAAUCCAAAGGAUUCUGUUUCCUCUGCUAUGAAGACCAGAGAAGCACAAUUCUGGCGGUUGAUAAUUUUAAUGGGAUCAAGAUCAAAGGAAGAACUAUCCGAGUGGAUCACGUGUCCGACUAUCGGGCUCCUAAGGACUCAGAAACGCAGAGACUGUGACCAAAGGAUAAGGGCUGUGGGGCUCAAACCCCUUCAUUGAAUUCAUCUGAGGAAGAAAGGAAGACGAAAGACUAAUGGGGAGGUACUGGUGGAGCAGCCAGCCUCCUCUUCAACUCCCAGAAGAAAGACGAUAAAGGAAAAGCAUGACCCUGACUCUAAAAAGCACUGGAGCAAGAACUCAGAAAGGGGUCAGAAGGCAGAGUCCAGGAGGUGCUGGAUCACCAACCCAGCUCCCCUGAGGUCAGGACAACAGAUGGGGGCAGCGGGGAUCCAGUAGAGGUUGCUGAGAGAGGAGAUGCCCAAGCAGGAGCACAAGUCCUCAAGCUGGAAGGAAGGAAGAAAAGAAAAUAAAACGCAGGGGUAGUGACUGAGGUCGAAGCUCAGACUGGCCGGCCAAAAGACGUUUUGGGGGACAUAGCCAUUGAAGUAGAAGUCAAGAUAAACCCCAUAGGCCUAAAAGGUCCGGGAAUUCCCCAGACCUGGACCCCUUGAAUUCCAGCGACCUCAGGCAUCUGACUGGAGCUGUAGCCAUGCAGCUGCUCCACAGAAUCGGAAAUGAACAUUUUAAAAAUGCAGUCUGCACAGAAGUAUUGCUAGUUUGAUUCCUAGUCAGGGCACAUGCCUUGGUUGUGAUUCCAUCCCCCGUUGGGGUAUGUUGGAGGCAAUAGGUACAUGUUUCUCACAUCUAUGUUUCUCUCUCCCUUUCCCCACCCCAACCCCUGGCUCGC